GACUCAAACAUUGACGUGUACAGAAUAAAGAUGCUGGCAGUGACUUUAGUGGGCGUGGCGUUUGUCGCAAUUUGCUGUGCUGACCAAUCCGGGCUGAGUGGGAGCCAGCCAAUCAGCGUGAAGGAUGGCACCCCUGAGGUCGUUCUGCAGCUGAAGUAUGACGGGGGUGAACUCAACCGGAUAUAUCUGACGCAGUUCCGCAAGGAGUUGUCUGCGGCGACCCCUGCAGUGCCAGCGAGCGGCAGGCUGUGUACAGACCUGUGCUACGCAGGACUCGGCGGUGAGGGCUGCGGCCCUGGCUGCAGUAAGCUGGUGCCGAUUGGUCUGAAGACAGCGCUCAGCAAUGUGACGGACUCCGGAGUGCAGUACGGGGAGCCCAGGAUCGAAGUGUGUCCGGCGCUCUGUGCCAACAGACUGGGUGAGCCUCUGUGUAACUGCCCCAAUGUGGAAGUAGCAACCAAUCUUCAUACAAACUGGACUUCUGUAUGUGACGCUUUUUGCGAUACCGACGGCUACGUUUUGCAAGGAUGCCCACUAUGCGACACUCAGAAAAAUACUUCAGAGAUGGCAGCUAAAGUAAGGAUGUUUGUGGACACAGUGGAUGGAUGGCAGGCGUGGUGUAACGUGCAGUGCCGCCAGGGUCGCGGCGGCGCGGCCUGUAACUGUGACCGGACGCCAUUUUGAAAACACCGCAAUUCUGUGCAAUUACCACACGCUUAGUAGAAAUGCUUCCACAUUUUCAGAUUUCAUCGAAUUAAUGCUUUUAAAAUUAGAAUGCUAAUAUAUUGUAUGUAUUGAUAAAUCUCAGAAUACAUAACUGACAUGGAGUGCAGGAUUACGUUUACUGGUAUUUUUUUAAUUUUUUAAACCGUUGACUCUUACCACGGAGCUCCCGGUUCUCCCAUUCUCAACGGCCUCGUACUAAUGUGUUUUUCGUAUGUUUGUCCUUUGACCUUUACUUCAUUGGCCUCCGCUUCCAUAAAAAAAAAAUUGUGACAGAUAUGAGGAGAGGGUACUCGCUAACAAGGCGACUCUUUGAGGAUGAAGCUAAUUGCUAUUUUUAAGCGCACUACCUGUACCUAGGAUAUGACAACGUAUCAUAUUUCCAGCGACAAGAUAAACAGAAAAGAUAUAAUUUAAAUUCCUCGUUCCUUAUUUGCAAUCCUAACAUCAGUGCCCAAAGGGAAUGAGUAGUACCUACACUUCUAUAUCAAUCAAUCUUUUAUGUCAUCAAUGAAAGCUCUAAUGAAAUGCUCCGUGAUAGUUCUAUAUUCUGAGAAAAAUACUUAAGUCACGUAUCGAAUAGGUAUCUAUAUUUAUAUGUUAAGAUGUACAUUGAUAAAACUGUGCGGACGACAAUAUUAAAGAAUAGACCUAGCUAUUAAAAGGGCGCUGUUAAAUUAUUAAAAAUAAGGAGCGCCCUGAAAUAUAGCUACAUAUUAAAAUAUUUUAAUUAAUGAUUGUUAAUUCAUGAGAUUAACAUAGAUACGGUCAGAAUAUAUAUAUUUUUAAUAUAGAGAACAUAUCUUUACAGCGGAGAAUGACAGUAGCUGAAGACUUUUUGGCGGUAUUGAUUUUAGGAAUUACAAUAGAAUACAAUCAAUUUCAAAGUAAACUCUGGCAAAAUCUAAGAAAACUUUCCUUGGCUUUUGGCCGCACUAUAGCUAAUCAAAUAUGGUUUUUAAGAAAGUCAAGUAAUAUGGUCAAACAGAUUGCAUUUGCGGAUGUAUUUAUAUGACGAAAUGGCUCCCAAUAGUCAAAACCGUGACAUAAACUGCAGCCCAUGGAAGUUAGUUGACUCACAUAACGCACGCACUAUGCGUAAACCACCGACUGUUGCUGAUAUUUCUUAUGAAUUAAACCAUUUUAUCUGCCGCCGGAAAGUGGGCCAAAAGUAAGGAUGAGAAAACGUCAAAAAUUCGACGUCAUGUAUGCGAAAUUCACGUUGAUAUACUAGAUUAAGGAUUGGCCUCCGAUUCGGUCCAACUAGAUACCGUUUUACCUAUGAACAAUAGCUGUUUUUUACGGCAUCUUUAUAUUGUAGUGUGUAUUGACUACGACAAUUUGUAAAAAUGCUUGUGUGCGUGGCAUCUUGACACUCAAUUGUCAUCUUUCAAAUUUUUAUAACUUAUAUGCGCUUCGUGUUAUUUUACAUUGAAAUUAAUAAAAUACAAAAUACUUACUGAUGAUAUGUGAUCCCAGUGUCUUUCUUAUUUCUUGUAGUAUUAUUUUUACAAAGUUUUACUACGCAACCAAUUUUAGUUUCAAUUAUUAGCAACGUUUAACAGAACCAGUGCGCACGUCAACGACAUACAUUGCUCGAGACUCAACCUCGAGUGCGCUCACUUGGGCGUAGUAUUCGUUGCCGCACUUUGCGACUACGCCUGCGGUAUCUAGUUGGAGCCCAGCGGAGACCAAUCCUUUAUCUAAGGAUGAUAUCAUAUUUGUCUGUUACAUUGUGUGAGUAUGAGCGUCUCGAGCGGUUUCGUAAUCGAUCAACCGCUUGCAGGAAAAACCGUACCUUAAAAGCCUUCACUUUACACUAACUGGUAUUUUCAGAUUGUCUGUCAUUCACUUCGUCAAUCUUUUUCCUAUAACCCAAUCAAUGAUCGUAUUUUAUAUUAGUAUAUAAGUCAGUUUGAACUUUUAUUUUUUAUUAUUAUUUUAAUUAAAAUUCUUUAUGAUUUC